AACCAGGUUUUCGGAAGUGUGGCCCGUCAGUGUUCCUGCCGGGAUGUCCGUGCGGCGGCUGGGACGGGGUUACCGAGAAGGCCCUACUCCGCUCGGCGGAGGAGCUGGAGGGACCGUCCCGGACAGUAGAAGAAAGGGAAGAAUAUUGAUGGAUUUUAAGCCGCAGCUUGUGGAGCACUUGAGAAUCCUGGGGAAAUAACUUGUCCCCGGCUCGGCACAGGCAGAGUAAGGUGGUUUCUGAUGCAGCUGAGAAAGAUGCAGGCCGUCAAGAAGGAGCAGGCCUCUCUGGACCCCGGGAGCAGUGUGGACAAGGCGGUGGUGCUGAGCUCGGCUUUAACCGAAGCCUCCGAAGACCUGACCCCCGGCGAGGAGCUGCUUCUGAGUGAAGGCAGUGUGGGGCGCAGCAAAUCCUCCGCCUGCCGGCGGAAGCGGGAGUUCAUUCCCGACGAGAAGAAAGAUGCCAUGUACUGGGAAAAAAGGCGGAAAAAUAACGAAGCUGCCAAGAGGUCGCGGGAGAAGCGUCGGCUGAAUGACCUGGUUUUGGAGAACAAGCUGAUUGCACUGGGAGAAGAAAACGCCACUCUAAAGGCUGAACUGCUUUCCCUAAAAUUAAAGUUUGGUUUGAUUAGCUCCACAGCAUAUGCCCAGGAGAUCCAGAAGCUCAGUAAUUCCACGGCCGUGUACUUCCAAGACUACCAGGCCCCCGCGGCCAGCGGGAGCGCCUUCGCGGAGGAGCCCGCGGUGGCCGGCAGCUGCAUCUCCGUCAUCAAGCACUCGCCGCAGAGCUCGCUGUCCGACGGCUCCGAGGCCUCCUCGCUGGACCACUCGCAGGAGGGCCCGGCGCGGGGCGGCUGCGGCAGCCCCGGCGGCCAGUUCCAGGCCAUCAAGCAGGAGCCGGUGGAGCUGGAGAGCUACGCGCGGGAGCCCAGAGAGGAGCGAGGCGCCUACCGGGCGGCCGUCUACCAGAACUACGUGGGCGGUUCUUUCCCUGGCUACUCACACUCCCCUCCCCUGCUGCAGGUCAGCCGGUCCUCCAGCAACUCCCCAAGGACGUCGGAAACCGACGACGGUGCGGUCGGAAAGUCGUCGGAUGGAGAAGACGAGCAGCAGGUUCCCAAAGGCCCGAUCCACUCUCCUGUUGAGCUUCAGCACGGACACGCCACCGUGGUUAAAGUUCCAGAAGUGAAUUCCUCUGCUUUGCCACACAAGCUCCGUAUUAAAGCCAAAGCCAUGCAGAUAAAAGUCGAGGCUUUCGAUAACGAAUUUGAUACCACGCAGAAACUCUCCUCGCCCGUUGACAUGACGUCAAAGAGACAUUUCGAACUGGAGAAGCACGGUGCCCCGAGUAUGGUGCAUUCUCCCCUCACUCCCUUUUCGGUGCAGGUGACCAACAUCCAGGAUUGGUCUCUCAGGUCCGAACACUGGCAUCAAAAGGAACCUAAUGGCAAAACUCAGAGUAGUUUCAAAACUGGGGUUGUUGAGAUGAAAGACAAUGGCUACAAAGUCUCUGACCCCGAGAAUUUGUUUUUGAAGCAGGGGAUCGCAAACUUGUCUGCAGAGGUGGUCUCGCUUAAGAGACUUAUAGCCACACACCAGAUCUCGGCCUCGGACUCCGGGUAGACCCUGCUGAACAGACCGGGCACUUAGAGGUGCCGUUGGCAAUAGAUGCUUAUGUUUUGUAUUAGGCUGAGUUUUCACUGGACCCGUGAUGUCAUUUCACUGUAAUGUUCACACGUUGUCUGUCGGUGUCUUUUUGUGCACAAAUGAUAAUGAAGAUUAGAUUGUGGUGUUGCCCUGCCUUGUGUAUAGUCAGAUAGUCCGUGCAGAGACUGUAUAUACUGAACAUUAUUUUUGUUGUUCUGUUAUAAAGCGUGUAAGUUACCAGUUUCAAUAAAGGGUUGGUGACAAACACAGAA